GAGUGAUUCUAAACUGCUAUACUAUAUCAUAGUGGAUCUGUACGGGCAGGAACUCACAAACGAGCAAUUGUCGACCUUGGUCAACACCUGUGGCACUGCAUUGACAGAUAUUUCUAUCAGUCGAACGGCAGUAGGUCCGAAUGACAAUAUCCCUCUGGACACAUUAUUACAUGAUUGCCUGAAUCUCACCAAGCUUGACUGCAAAGAAUGGGUUUUCCGUAUCGGGCAGCGACAGUCUCCAUGGAUGCAUGGCAUGGCAGCAGAUUAUGAGCAUGUUAAUUUAUGUGACCUUUCUUUGCAGUUUCAAAAUCCAUCCAACUAUUAUGGCUUUGAUCCAAGGCCCUUUCUAAAGGCGACACCCGGAUUGCGUCGUUUAUGUCUGAAUAUUCGCUAUACGCGAAACACAUGCGCAUUAUUGCCCGGGUUCUUACGCGAGCAUUGUCCCGAGCUUAAGACGCUUAUCUUUUACGAAUAUGCUCGCCCAAAUGAGGAAACCUCAUUCCAUGAUCGACCAGUCAGGAAUAACGACGGAGCAACAAUGAUACCAUCAUUGACAGCAGUGCCGGAGCGAGGAUUAAAACAUAUCGUCUUUCAGGAACAAAACUAUGAAGGAAUAUCGCCGAGUAUACUAUUACCGCUCAUCGACGAGGACACCAGCAAACUGCUUGUAUCAUUGGAUUUGGAUGGCCCAGGGAUAGUGAACCCCGAAGUCAUGGCUCACUUGUCCGGUUUCGUCUUUCAAUCUUUACAGUACUUAAGGCUUAAGGGACCAUAUAGCCGUGUCACUCGAUCAGAGCUAUGUUCCUUUUUACAACACUCGGUACCAAAUUUGAUGCACGUUUCAUUACACGAUAUACGUUACCACCGUUGGGACUACCCUGUUAUUGAUGACACCGUGCUUGCAACACUCGCUUCAUCGACACCACGCUUAGAAAGUAUAGGAUUGGAGUGCUGCUAUAAGGUCACAGGAGCCGGGAUGCUCCUGUUCUUAGAACGCAUGUCGGGACAGCUGCGAUCCAUUACUGUCGAGCAAUGCGCAUCCGUAAUGACCAACAAGGUUAUGCAAUUCGUUGCCGAAAAUAUGGAUACCCUAGACGAAUUGACCAUUGAUGAGAAACAUUCAUGCCUGACCGCAACCGAUAUAGAAAAGUUUCUCGACAUCCGCCGUAGUGGCAGAACUACCGGCAACGACGACAGCAGCAAAAAGAAAAGGCACACGAUAAGGAGGUUGAACAUUACCUUUCAUUUCGAUCACGGUUACGGAACAUCUUAUCCUGGUACAGCGUAUCUCGACCACCUGUUCAAAAAGAUGGAUGUGGGCGCCAAAGAGUGGAAGUUCAUAUCACAGGUAUCGAUGGAUGCCUUAAACAGCAUACAUCAUCGCGGCGAGAACGCUUACGUUGGUGAAGUAAAUCACAUAAGCUAUAGAAAAAAACAGCUUCGCUAUGCUCCCAAAACUGCAUACUAUGAAAGCUUCAAAGCAAUAAGAUAUUAAAUAAUAAUAGCGUUAGCUAAUCAUCAUUGCUAUUAUACACGUUGUACAUGCAUACACAUAUAUGAUAUCAAUAGAUUGUAAUAACAAUAUCGACCCCUUCUUUUAAACUUUUAUAUAUCAAC